GAGUGAAGUGGUUCAAGAUGGCGGCUGCUUAGGAAUAAACGUAUGCAAGAAAAGAAAUUAACAACGCUUUGUUUCUGCGAACAUUCCAGUUAUGCCGGUUCAAAAUGUACUGUGAACCAACCGCUGAUGAGUAAAUUAUGAUGUGGAUGAUUCCAAGUGUUGUAUACAGAAUAAUUUGAGGUUAAAUUGUGGUGUUUUUGUCACCGAUUGUGCGGUUACGUUAAUGUUCGUUCUGUGCUGAGGUCGACGUCGGCGGGUGGGUGCGUGUAUACACAGCAGCAGACUGGGAGUUGUAUACGACUCGACGUAAACGACGCUGCAGAAAGGUUCAACAUCCUUGGCUAGUCGUUCGUUCGCUCGCAUUAUCUUUUUUCAAGCUCUUUUUACAAGGUCGCCUCGUUUCACAUAAUUGCUUCUCCUGGGUUUCAUUUUGAUCCACCUGAGCUGAGUCAGCCCCAACGCCCUAAAAUUUUGAUGCGCCGUUGGCUCAGUGUGAUCGGCGAAAAAGGAGGCCAGUCCAACUUCGAAAAUAGCCGGCAUCAGAGUCCUUUAAAGCAAAAUGCACCGUAAAAUGAAGUGAUUUCAUCGGCCGUCCACUCUUAGACGGCAGAUAUGUCAGGCCGAAAGAAGAAAUUUUCCCGAUUUAAAGGCGAUCCUGAGUAUACACUAGAUGAAGGCACAAUGCGUCGAGGCCGAGGCAGACCCCGUAAAGAUGGAUUAUCGCCGGUUCCACGCAGAAGAAGACAUCUGUGUGACGAUGACGAUGACAGUAGCAGUGUCACGUCCUCCCCGGCCCCCGACGCCAUCCCAGUCUUGCACCUAAAGACCACGACAACCACAGACGGUGGCGGCACCGGCCUGGGAGAAUUUGACAGCCAGGCCGGCCCCUGUGGCUCGGUGGAUGGGACAUCAUCCGAGCUGCGAUUGGAGCCGGACAUGGAGUCAAGCUACGAGAGAAUGAUGACAGACUCGGAGCUGGGACCCAACCAGCUAGAGAAUGAACCUCAUGCUCAAGCUGGUCAAGGCAUGUUGUGCUCCCUCUGUUGUUGCGGCGAGAAAAGCCUUCUCGGUCAGGGUGACCUCCUGCGGUUUGACCCGACCCCCGGUUUCAACCCUUUCAGGAAAGUGAUGCCACGACAGCGAAGAAUGGCCGAGGACGAUGCCCCCUAUAACCCCAACGACAGGAGCCCUAAACAUCUGACGUGGCGCAGGGCACGUGGACCUUCUAAAGGACAAAAAGAGAAGAGUAAAUCGCCUCGGCGGAUUCCCCCAGACAACCUAGAGUCAGGCAGCCCUGGCGUGGAUGAACUGGGCAUGGUCGGCCACCCAGAUGAACCAGAUAUGCAUUCUAUCUUUGAACAAUCAGGUCAUACCACAGCACACCAUUGUUGCGCUGCCUGGUCGGACGGUGUGUGCCAGAAUGAGAACUUCCAGCUACUCAACGUUGACAAGGCAGUCUUCUCUGGAGCCAACCAGCGGUGUUCUUACUGUCGGCGCUUUGGUGCCACCAUCUUCUGCAUGGAGGUGGGCUGCAAGCGAGUCUACCAUUACCCCUGCGCUGCAAGCUCCGGCUCUUUCCAGGGCAUCAAAUCACUUGCCCUGCUGUGCCCUGAUCAUCUGGACCUCUGUGAAGAGAAAGUGGAGGAGGAGGAGCUAGAGUGUGUCAUCUGUGAGGCGCCAGGCAGUCUCCAGGACCAGCUCUUCUGCACCAGCUGUGGCCAGCACUACCACAGCACCUGCCUGGAUCCCCCGGUAGUCGUCACCCCUGGUGUCCGUGCUGGCUGGCAAUGUCCCAACUGUAAGAUCUGCCAGACCUGCAGACAACCAGGGGAUGACAACAAGAUGUUAGUGUGUGAUACAUGUGACAAGGGAUACCAUACGUUCUGCCUGCGCCCUGCUAUGACCACGAUACCCAAACACGGCUGGAAAUGCAAGAACUGCCGUGUUUGUGGUGACUGCGGGGCUCGUACCCCUGGCAGCGGGCCCAGCUCUCGCUGGCAUCACAACUACACCGUGUGUGACUCGUGUUACCAGCAGCGUAACAAGGGCUACUUCUGCCCGAUAUGCGGCAAGGCGUACCGGCACCACACAACCCACAAGGUCAUGGUGCAGUGUGACCUCUGCAAAAGAUACAUCCAUGCUGACUGUGACAACAGUGAUGUGGUGACGAACUACCAGCAGAUGAGGGCAGCUGGACAACGCUGCACUUAUGAGUGCCGAGACUGUAGGCACAGACAGACGAACCUUGAGAUCGGGACAAGGUUUUCUGAGACAAGAUCGAGCUCCACAACGUUGUACAGCGACUCAAGUUGCACGGAGACCGGAGAGAGGGAAGUAGGUUACGCAACCAGGAAGAGCCCCGCUACCUCCCGGUCCUCACCUCGGCACAUCGGUCUGACCGAAGACUCCCUGGCCCAUUCCCAUGAGUCGGUAGCCAGCAUGUCCACUUACAAUGAGGACAGUCUGAGUAGUAUGGAUACCGACUACACCGGAGGAGACGAGCCAAGGAAACUCACAGAUCGGCCUACAUCCUCGUCCUCAAGCCACGCCCACUGGCCCCACGCAGGGGGCGGCAAACCACUGGAUAAACUCAGCCAGUUGGGACCGUUUGGAAGGAAGAAGUUUGGUGUGGGAAGACCAAGGGGAAGAGGUGGUUUUGUUGGCAGAAAGAGAGGUCGACACCACCAUGCAGGAGCCAAGCGAGGCCCCAAACCCAAGAACAAACUCAGCGCACUCCUACCUUCAGCCUCACAGGUAAAGCCUGCAUGUAUUGAAACAGUGAAAUGGAGGGUGAAAAGAAGAAUUGUGAAGAGCAAUCUGUCCUUCACGGUGGAUAACAGUGUCGAGAAGAAGCACACUAAAGAUGACGAGGAAGAUACCACCAUGCACACCACCGUGGUCCUCUUCUCAGCCAGCGAUAAGUUCACCAGUACACAGGAUAUGUGUGUCAGCUGUGGCAGCUUUGGUCUGGGUCCCGAGGGCAGACUCCUAACCUGCUCACAAUGUGGCCAGUGCUAUCAUCCAUACUGCGUCAAUAUCAAGAUCACCAAGGUGGUGUUAUCCAAGGGAUGGCGUUGCCUAGACUGCACUGUCUGUGAAGGCUGUGGUAAAGCCAGCGACGAGGCUCGACUCUUGCUGUGCGAUGACUGCGACAUCAGCUACCACACCUACUGCCUGGACCCGCCACUGCUCCAUGUGCCCAAGGGAGGCUGGAAGUGCAAAUGGUGCGUCUGUUGCCUGCAGUGUGGCGCCACCACCCCCGGCACCCAGUGUGAAUGGAUGAACAAUUACACCCAGUGCGGCCCGUGUGCCAGCCUCAUCCAGUGCGCUGACUGUCUGAUGCUCUACACAGACGGUGAUCUCAUCUGCCACUGCACGCACUGUGACAGGUGGUUACAUUCUGAAUGCGACGGCCUAACCACAGAGGACGAGGUGGAGAAGACCGUCGACAAGGGCUACGUCUGCCAGCUGUGCCGACCCCACGCCAAGCCACUGGAGGCUAGCCCGGCAACGGAGAACAUCCAACCCAUCGUUCCUGUCACCAAAUCCACUGACAUGGAGUCCGCCCCUACGCAGUUUUCGGUCGAAGGCGUGUCCCUAACCGAGUCAGGGUUCAGACAUUUUACUAGUCUCUCCUCCAAGAAGUCACGCGGCCGGCGCCCCUCGCUUAAAGCCGGUAGCCUGGCCAUCCUGCAAAGCCUGGCCGAUCCCAACUCUGAGAUUUCAGUCAUGGCCGAGGAGUACAGUGGCCGCAACAUUCACAAAGAGUUGAAAGACAAGUAUAAGGACCGGGAGAGGUCAGAGGGCAAAGAGGGGAAGCAUCACCAUCAUCAUCACCACCAUCAUCACCACGACAAAGAGAAGAAGAAAAAACACAGGGGAAUCUACAAACUGGGGGUGGGCGGCUUCACCGUGCGACCAGUCAAGUUUGGGUACGGAUCCUCAAGUCGCGGUGCUUACAGUCGCAGCCUGUCAGAGGGCGCUAUUGACAAGCAUCACCAACAUGAAAUCUCCGAGCCGGGCACCGAUGGUACUUUGUGCAGUUAUCCUUUAUUAACACAUAAUGCCGGGGAGCGAACUGGUUUCACAAGCACCACAGACCUCUUUGGCGCUUCAGGAACCUUUGAAAAGAAGAAGAAACGAAGAAAGAAGAAAAGCAACCUGCAGAAUAGCUUCCCUUCUUAUCUUCAGGAGGCAUUUUUCGGCAAGAGCCUGCUGGACUCCAGCAAGAGCAAGGAAGGGCUUGAGAUAUCUGAUGAGGAGAGCAGGCCGCCGGUCAGUAAAGGGCUGCGGAAGAUUCACCCCAGCAAAGCCUCGCCGACCAAGGCUGCUCGUAGGGUCUCCGAAGGAACGCCACAGACCAGCCACCCAAGCCAACAGACUGCAAACUCAACCGCUGGCACAGUGCAACACGUCGAGGGAGGGGACUUGGGCACAGGAGACGAUCCGCUCAACUUCCUACCCCAGGAGGAGCUACUAGGCAUCAUCCUUGGAGAUGGACUCGGGAAGAAUGGAGAAAGUCUUGAUAUCGAUUCUAUCGGGGAGCCUGCCCAGCCGUCGGGAGACCACACAGAAGGAGCCCAACCCUCCAGCAGCAACGCUGAGCUGGACUCCAUUCUCAGUUCCAACUUGGGCCACAUGGUCCCCGAUGAUCUUGCCCACAUCGAUGGUAAGGAGGUAGAGGAUUUAUUCUCUGGCGUUCUGAGUCCGACGGAACACGGCACAACCAUGUCCACCCAGUCGGCCAUGACAGCAUCUAUGGCUGGUUCAGACGGAGUGAUGGGCCCUCCAGCAGGCCACAUGAUGCCCCAUCAAUCCAGGCGUGUACCCACCAGCUUACCCAUGCCCCUGCUCCAGACGCACCUGGCACAUAACACCACGCAGCCUGGGAUUGCCAGCCCCCCGUUCAGUCCUGAUUUUGCCGAGCCCCCAAGCCCCUGGCAGAGUGGUGCAGGAGGGGAUGCGGAGGGGGAGACCCUCUCCUACAACCAGCGCAACAUCAAGAAGUGGGAGAAGGACGAGCCCCUUGGACAGUUGGCCACCAUCUCCCCGGUGCUGUAUGCCAACCUCAACUUCCCAGAUCUCAAGAAGGAAUAUCCAGACUGGCCUUCACGAGCCAAGCAGAUUGCUAAACUCUGGAGGCGGGUAUCGGCCACAGACCGUCAGCCAUACUUGCAAAGAGCCAGGGAGAACCGGGCCACUCAGAGACUCAAGGACGCACAGAAGCUGAGUGAAGGCAUUCAGAGGAAGCGAGCAGAGGCCGCCCUGCAUGCAGGUCAAAGUUCAGACACUGGCACUAUGGGCCCUCUAGAGGGCCGCAGUCCCCACCCAGGCAGCGCCAAGGAGCCAAUGGAGACCAACACGCAGGCAAUGCCAAUCAGCUCUCCCAAAGGAAUGGCUCAGCAUAGCCCCAUGGCCAGCAUGGAUGUAAGGGGGCCGCCUACCCCAAGCCAACAGCAACCAGCCCACAGCAAUCUGCAUCUCCAGAUGCCUUCUCCGAUGAGUGUAGCAACCUCCAUGGGACCUACAACUCCCAUUGCUCCGGGCACCCCGCUGGGUCCCAGCACACCCUUGGGUCCAAGCACACCGCUGGGUCCUGGUACCCCUAUGGGCCCCAGCACACCUCUAGGACCCAGCACACCUUUGGGGGGACCCACCACUCCCUUGGGUCACACACAGAAUAUGGAACCCACCAUGGGACCGGGCACACCCAUUGGACCCACCACCCCUGUUGGACUGACUGGACCACCUACACCCGUUGGCCCCUCCACGCCUAUGGGCUUAUCCCAGCCCAUGGGUCCCGCGACGCCUCUCGGCCCAGCCAGUGACAGCAGCCUGCAGGGCAGUCAGGAUGGCCGCUUCAGCGUGCCACAUUCUCCACAGAGUGGCGGACCUCCAAACAUGCCUCAGCAACGACAACCACUGAACAAGACAGGUCCGAUUUCUCCAAUGAUCCAGAGUCCCAAUCCAAUGGGCGGGCCCAUGGCAUCUGCUACAGGAGGCCAUGGUGAUAGCAUGGGAGCUAACCAAGGUCCUGCUUUUAGCAUGGUCAUGAACGUUCGACCAGGCACACCUGCUGACCACAACAUGCAGAGAGGAAAUUUCCCCAUGCAACCAGCUCAGCCAUUCUUCCCGUCGGGAGGACCACAGUUCCGUCACAGCAGCCCUGGUGGAUCGGCGCAGAUGCUUCCAGACCAGAACAGACCCUCGGAAGCAGAGAAGAUGAAUCAUCGUCAGUAUCUCAGAGAACUGCUGUUCAAGCAGCAAGAAAAACGGAAACGCAGAGAGGCCCAGCUUCAGCAGCAGCAGUGGUUUGGUGAUGAUUCCCAAAGACCUCCUCCACCUUACCCAGGGGGCAGCCAGUUCAAUGUUGGACCCAACGCAAGUGAUCAGCAGCAGUCUAUGCCAGAAAAUAAUACCCACGGCAAUUUCCAUAGUCCAAGGGCUUCCAUUUCAGGCAAUAUUAGAAUGGGCAUGGGUGAAGGUCCAAGGCCUAGAUUUCCCUUUGGAACCUCUCAAGGCAACACAGAGGGACUCUCCAGCUCAGGCGAAUUUAUACCAUCACCAUCUUGGAGAGGCCCAUCCCCUGUUUUGUCUCCCUCAGGCCCAAGAACACCAGGACAGUUUAUUGAGCUCAAGCAUCAGCAUCAUGAGCCAAGUGGCACGAUGAGAGGUAACAGGGCACGUGCUAUAAGCAUUGCGCUCCUACAGGAAAAACUUCAUCAACGUAGUGCUAUGCAUCAGCAGCAGCAGCAACAACAGCAGCAGCAACAGCAGCAACAGCAGCAACAGCAGCAACAGCAGCAACAGCAGCAACAGCAACAACAGCAGCAGCAGCAGCAACAGCAACAACAGCAGCAACAACAGCAGCAACAACAACAGCAGCAGCAACAACAACAGCAGCAGCAGCAAACAAGACCCUUUCCUCAAAGCAUGGGCAGUCACCCUAACCCACUAGACCCUUAUGAUCACUUGGUACGGAUGUCACAGUCUGGACAACCUGUCAGGCAUAUAAAUCCAAGUCAGGUCAGUCCAGUUGCCAUGGGUCCUGGUGGAACUUUGUCGGUUCCCUCCAGCAUGGGUCUUCAAUCACCUGGCCACUUCCCAGCAGAGCACCAGCCACAGGUACCCUUCUCUGACAUGGGCAAUCGCAGCUUAUCCCAUCCUGGGCAACAGCAGUCACUCACCGGUCAGCAGAAUUUCCAAGAGAUUCAAAACCAGCCAGGCUUCCACCCAGUCCCAGUCCCGGUCCCAGGAGGUCCCGGCUAUCAUGGUCCAGCCCAACAGGGUGUGACUGAGACACAGAGGGAAGAACAUGACCAGCAACUAGAAGAUCUGUUCAACGGAGAUUUUAACAUCCUGGAGUAUGCAGACCCUGAUCUUGACACAAACAAACACUCUGAAGAGAAUCAGCAACUCUUCAAAGAUCUUGGCUUGUAUGACCAUCAGGAGAGCAAGCAGUCAUCUGAGGACAAAUCAAGUGGCUCUGGUUCCUCAACAAGACACCAGGUUCCACAGCUAAACAGGUCAGACAGUAAGCCUGAGGAAACACCGAAGGAGACCUCAGGACCUGAAGGGAGUCUACCUUCAAGUGAAAGCACAACUCAACCCAUCACUGAAAUCGAUGCCACUGAGAAGUACAAGUCAGUGCUCACAACAGAUGACUCGCCCAAACAAAAAGGUGAUGUUUCUCAAGAAAAGCCCACCCAGGAUGAAAUAACUCAAGAAUCUCCUGUCCCUCCUGUUAUUGCGAAUGUCCAACCGCCUGAAAAGAACAUUGUUUCAAAUGAACAGGGUUCAUCGCCAACUGUGACUAUGGAUACAAAUAGUAGUAGCCAGAAGUCGCCAAAAGACAAACCUGUGCAAAUUGAAGAACAGAAUGUUGAAAACAAAAGUGAAUGCACACCAGUCUCUGUAACAGUAGAGGACGCAGCUUCAGAAACAGUUGCCCAAGACACCAUGCCACCAACAGGAAUUAAAAAUUCUGUUCAAAUCAAGAUUGAGCCAGGCCUUGAAGCAGCCAAGAAAGGACCAGGAGAACAUUGUCCAGAGAAAACAGAUGAUACUAAUGUGGAAUCUACUGAGGAGGGCCAAGGCCAAACUGAAAACAAGCCAAAAGUUUCUGAUCUGGAUCACAAGGCCAUAAUAGAACACGAUCCCAGUAAAAGCGCUAAUCCCAAGGCUGCAAGCUGUACAGUGGAAUCGUUACCUGACCAGAGAGCAACAAUCGUUGCUGCUGAUAAAAGUUUUGAGACUUGCCAACCUGCCAAAGUCCACAACUCAACUGUCACCUCAACUGAAAUUGGUAAUGUCCAGAAUGUGUCAAGCAGUCCUGCUACCUCUACCAGUGUCACACUAACCCCAGGGUGCAGCCAGGUGCCUACAAGUCCGCCCUCAAGUGACACAACCCCAUCAUCUCAGUUACCAUCAACACCACCUCUCUCAACAGAACCCCAAAACAGACAUGCUGCAUCUCGACCAACUGUUGCAAAUCCAAAAUCAACUCUGAGCACUGUUGUGUCAAGUAGUGGACAACCUGUCAUUAGCUCACCAUUGGCAGUCCAAGCUCCAGUUCAUCCAGACCCUGUACCUUCAGCAUCUGUGGCUUCAGCUUCUGUGGCUUCGACACCAACUACCUCAGACACUCUGACGGUUUCAGGGGUGUUUGAUGAGGCUCCAGGAACUGGCAGCCAAGAGACAGCAAAGAGAAGGCCAGUGCUUCUCCAGGAACAGCCUCUUCUUCUCCAGGAUCUUUUGGAGAAGGAGAAGAUGGAGUUGAAGCAGCAUGGUCCAGCUUCCAGUGCUCCAACAACCCCUGUGCCAACUUCCAUUGAUGGGGCAGCUCUGCCAAACAACAGAUCGGUGACCGGACCGGCUGUGCUACCUGGGCCAAAUGCAGGACCAGCUCCUGAUGGAAAAGCUGUCCAACUCCCUACAUCUAUGGAUCCAUUCCCGGGCGACUUGGAGAAAAUCCAAGAACAGGCCAAGAUGUAUGCUAAGGAAAUUGAAGAUUUUGCCAACAAGCCCCCUGGGCCACAUGCACAACUGCUCCUAGCUAUGAACAGACAACACCAAGAACAGAUGCAGCUUCAGCAACGGCAACAACAGCAGGCUCAGCAACAGGCUCAGCAACAGGCUCAGCAACAAGCUCAACAGCAGGCUCAACAGCAGGCUUUGGCAGAGGGGUCUACCCAACAGCAAGUGGCCAUACGACCCCAAGAAUUUGGCAACAUGGACCCCUUCCGCAGCCCCAUGCGUCGCUCCCUCAGUAUGGGGGAUGCCCAACGGCCAGCCACCAGCAUGUCAGGAAUACCACAUAUGGGUGAUGGUUUUAUUCCUCAGCCCCAAGGAUUCGGAGGGGUUCCCCCACGCUACAGCAACAUGCAUUCAGCUCAGUCCCCCUCUCCAGGAGUGCAGAGUCCAGUUGGUAUCAGACCACCUCUCAUGAGCCCAGACAUGGGUCCCAUCCCUAGCACCCAGAUGGGCAACUCUGGCAACCAGAUGUUUGGCAUGUCACCACGGGGGCACAUCCCAAGUCCAGGUCCCACCCCCAACCUUGCAGGGCUUGGUCCUCGGGGAAUGGCCCCCAGCCCAGGAGUCAGCAUACCAAUGCACAUGACUAGCCCCAGUUCCCGGAUGCCCUCCCCUCUAGCUAGCCCAGUGUCUCGUAUGCCAGGCCCAGUGAUGAGUCCUGGACCCAGGAUGCCUGGACCAAUCAUGAGUCCUGGCAACAGGAUGCAAGGCCAGAUGCCUGGACCCGGUGGAAUGAGAAUGCCCGUUAGGAUGCCAGGAAUGCAAGCAUCUGUGUUUGGAAUGCCUGGGGUUCACGGUAUGCAAAUGCAGCAAGGUCAUGAGCAACCAAUGCCUGGAUUCGAUCCAUGGGAGUAUCAUGAGGAAACACCACCAGACACGCACAACAUCCCUGAAUAUGAAGAGUGGAUGAUGCGACGGGAACAGUACCUCCAGAUUCGUCUCAAGUUCUUUGAAGCGGAGGUUAGUAAAGAACGCAAGAAGAAGAAGGCUCUCUCUGCGAGGCAGAGGUCCUGCAAAAAGAGCAAUAAGAUCUUUCCUGAGAAUGACCAGAGGGACCUAGACAGUGUGAUUCAACGCCACACCACUGUGCAGAAGAAGCUUGAAUCCAUCAGGAAACAGCACCGGCAACACUCAAUCCUGAUGCAGGAACACCACAUGAAACAACAGCAGGAGCACAUGUCUUCCUCUCAGCAGUCACCCAUGGGGCGCCAAAACCCCAUGAUGCAAGGCGGGCGCCAGAACCCUAUGAUGGGUCCGGGUGGUCACAUGAUCCCAGGUCAAGGGGGUCCUAUGAUGAGCCCAGGUGGUCCUAUGAUGGGACCUGGUGGGCCCAUGAUGGGACCAGGAGGUCCAAUGAUGGGCCAGGGUCACGGUGGCCGACCUAACACACCAGUCGGUAGCCACCCUGUUCCCAUGAUGGGCCGGGUAGGUUCCCAGAUGAUCCAGGCAGGCUUACGUAGCCCCAUGCCCCAUGUGGGGCCAAUGAUGCCUGGAAACCAGCAGCCCAUGAUGGGUGACCCCUUCAUGCAGGAUGCAAGUGCUAUGCAACAAGGAGGACCCCGGCCACCUGGUAUGGAUGGAGCACCUCAAGGGAUGUUUGCAGGAAAUGGGAUGCAAGGUACUCAGGUCCCUGUAGCAUCCCCCGGUCAGCCCACAGCUAUGAUGCCUGGUCAGCCAUCACCAAUGGGUAUGAAUCAAAUGAUGCCUAUGAUGCAGCCUCAGCAGACACCGAUGAUGCCUGGCCAGUCGUCUCCCAUGGUGCGCAGUCAAUCUUCUCCCAUGGUUCCAGGUCAGUCAUCACCCAUGAUACCUGGGCAGUCGUCCCCCAUGCUACCCGGCCAGUCAUCUCCUAUGAUACCCGGCCAGUCAUCACCCAUGCUGCAGAGUCAACCCUCAACCUUGACACCCAACCAAACAACUGGAUUGAUGCAUGGCCAGCCCUCUCCAAUUGUGACUAGCCAGUCGCCACCUGUGAUAAGCUCUCAACCAUCUCCCAUGAUCAGCAGCCAGCCGGGGACCUUGGUACCACCGGGAAGCCAGUCCAGCGCCCAAUCUCCCAUAGUGAAAGUCAACCAGUCAGCACCAUUCCCAAUACCGAACCAGGGUCCGAGCACGCCAAGUGGUCCCAAGUCGCCGAUGUCGAUGCCUCCACCUGCCAAGCUGCCCCCAGGCUCAGGCCUCCAAGGACUGGUGGAACAGAGCUCAAUGUUGUCACCCUUGCAGAUCAAUCUGGGACAGGAUAACAAUCCCUUCAGCGAUGGCUUCAUACAGCGGGAAAGAAUGGAGAGGAUACGAGCAGAGCAUGAGCGGCAGCACAAACAAUUGGCACAGGAGGUGGAACAGGUUCGGGCCAUGCAGCGCAUGGAGCAGGAACGCAUGGCUUUGGAGCAGCUACCAUUCUUGAAUCAGGAAGAGGGCGGACCAUUCCAUAUGCACCAACAGGGACAGCCAGCUACUGUUGUGGUGCCAGGUCUGCAGGAACCCAUUCCUUCACCAAGUGGGAACCAACCCUCGUUUCAUCCUCAGCAGUCACCCAUCAUCCCUCCGUUUGGCCCUGAUGGUGUGCAAGGGUCUAUGUCCCAACAAAUGCCUCCGCCGGAUGCAUUCCCAAUGCCUCCCAGCUACCCCAUGUCUCAGGAUGGUAAGUCUGCUGACAAGCCAAAGCGCAAGCGGUCUCGUCGCAAGAAGACAGAAGAAAUGAUGCCACCAGCCCCUCCUAUGCAAGUCCCAGGUGAUCUUGAGCAGAUGCAAAAUAAUAUGUCUUCCAUGCACCCUGGUAUGGGACCUACCAAUCAAAUGAACAAUGGUUCAGCUGCCGAGCAAAUGCAAAAAGAUGUUUUGCAGAAGCUACAUGCAGAGUUGUUGCGACGUAGCUCACUGGAAGGAGGGAAGAAGUUUGCUGACCAAGACGACAAAAAUAACAGUGAUCAGACUGCUGAGAUGCUGGCAGGCAAGAUCAAUCAAAACCUUCUGCUGAAGCAACUAUUACAAGGACCAUCAAUUUGUAAUAUAGGCCCCAAAACGACAGCUAAUACUCCCACAGAGGAAGGCCUGUCAGUCCCUGCUCAACUUGAGGGAGAUCAAAAUGCUACUCCAACACAGGCAAACAGUGUUCCUACCUUGGAUGAUGAAGACACAGUGAUACCAGAGCUGACCCCGGAACAACAGAGGCAGCUGGAGAUGGUAGAAAAGCUGCCCUAUGUCAAGAAAGAUGGCAAGCCAGCUGAGAACGACCAUGAGAUCCUCCUAAAGAUGCACCGGCAGGCCACAGAGGAAAAGAAAAAGGACUUUGAGGAAAGCCAGAAGCAACGCCGGAAGGAGUUGUUACUGAAAAGACAGCAAAGAGCCCUGGAAAAGGCCCUGGAGAAGGCCAACGGAGGAGGGAAGCGGCGCCGAAAAUCCAAGGAUUCUGACACUGAUAUGUUUGCUAGCACGGAGGAGCUCUUGAACGCCAUCAAACAGAUGCCUAUGCUGAACCUAAUUGAGCCAGAGGUGAACAUUAAUUAUGGACUUUGCCCGGUGUUUGGGAGUUCCCUCCCAAAUGGAGCGAAGCCCCUGAAAGGCAGUUUUGGCCAUGCUGUCAUUGAUGGUGUGGCUGACUUCUAUGCCAAUUUUCCGAAUGGAGCCCUGGACAUCAAUCCUCCAACGCCUCCAUCAUCCCUGCCCCCAUCACCACCCAUCAAGAUGCCUGGUGGACUGUUGAACGGACCCAGUCAAUCUGCUGAUGCUCGGAGAGGAGUACUGGAGCAGAAAAGACAAGGCAUCAGAGUCAUGACUGGGGACGACAUCAUGCAUGAAAUCCACUCCCACCAGCGGACCAUCACUCGCACCAUGAACCACGCCUACCCCUUGGACCUUCCCCCCUCGCUACCCACACCACCCCCCUCUGGUGUCGCCGGACGGGAUCAGCAUGAUGGCAUUGUGCCGUCCUCCUCACCGGAGUGUGAUGAAGAGAGUGGGUCCUACCGGCUGCGAGGACUGAAGCUCAUCACCGAGUCUGCCAUCGCCAUGUGUAUGGAGAGGUCUUCGUCACCGACGUUCCCCAUCAUCAGGCCUAUGCCAAGAAAAGCAAAAGCGAUGCUCAGCGCAGACAGCGGCCGAAGUCUCCUGUCCCCGAUGGCCGGCACGGUGGCCGUGACGCUGACCAUGUCAGACUCGGCCUCUGAGAACAUGAAGGGGGUGGUCAAGUCACUGUGUGGGCUGUUGUGUGUGUCGGAACCCAUGUCAUACCACGUUGGUGGGGAGUUGAGGAAGGAAGUGGCUGCGACAGACAGAAAGAGGGAGGCUAGACCCUCAACAGACUCGAGUGUUUCAGAUCGUCCACAGAGCACAGCGAGCAGCACCAUGGACAGCCAGCAGCAGCAGUUGCAGGCCAGCAGCAAGCAGCGGUUCUGCAAACACUGCGAUGUGGUCAUCCUAGGCGAGGGUGUGCUCAAGUACACGGGCAACCCGGCCGAGCCCAAGGUCACCUUCUGCAGCAGCGCCUGCUACAUGCAGUUCAGCAUCUCCCAGAGAUCUCAGCUGCCGUCGUUGACCAAUCAAGAGACGGCUGCGGGAGCUGUGGUCAAUCACCUCAGCUCGGAGCCGCCCAGCCCGAGCCCAGUCCCCAAGACUUCUUCCACUGCCACCUCAACCAUCAACAUCUCCUUACCGGCCAUGCCCACUGCAUCUACCUCAGCCACUGGCGAUUUGGGCACCAGGUUGACCUCUAUCACCUCCGUGACCUCGGCCAGCCAGCAAGUACCGGCACAGCCUCCUGCAGGGGUCAGUGCCAGGGUUGAGGUCAAGGGUGACGCGGAGGUCAGCAGUGGCAAGCCAAGCAAGUUGGUGAUACGACGGAAGGCGAGUUCCUUUGAUGAUGGACCACCAGCUCCUAAAAAAUGGAGGAACCUUCGAUGGAAGAAGUGGACAGUUUCCAUAGUAACGCACAAGAAAUACAAGCCUCCCAGUGAUCUGGACAUAGAUGAGCUGAUGAAGAAACUGGGCACGUCCCUUCGACCAGACAGUCAGUACAGAGACAGCCGAUCCUGCCUGCUGUGUGGGGUCCAGGGGGACGGGGAGACCGACGGGCCUGCCAGGUUGCUGAACGUAGACGUGGACACCUGGGUACAUCUAAACUGCGCCCUGUGGUCCUCGGAGGUCUACGAGACCGUAAACGGCGCCCUCAUCAACGUAGACAUUGCCAUUCGGCGGGCCAAGAGCGUCAGCUGCUGCUACUGCAGCAAGUUUGGCGCCACCGUCUGUUGCCAUAAGUUCCGCUGUGCCAAUGUCUACCACUUUGGCUGUGCCAUCCACGACCACUGCAUGUUCUUCAAGGACAAGACGAUGCUGUGUCCCCUUCAUGCCCCAUCCAAGGCGGCCGACAAUGCCCUCCAACGCUCCCACAUUGUGUUCAGGAGAGUCUAUGUCAGUAGGGAUGAGAACAAGCAAGUAGCUAGUAUUAUGCAGCAGUUGGAUCGUAAGCACACUCUCCGCGUUGGCAGUCUAGUCUUCCAUACCCUUGGCCAGCUGCUGCCCCAUCAGAUGCAGGCCUUCCACUCGGAGAACGCCAUCCAUCCUGUCGGCUUUGAGACAACAAGGCUUUACUGGAGCAUGCGAUUCACCAACAAACGCUGCAGCUACACCUGCAGUAUCCACGACAACGGAGGCAAGCCGCUCUUCUCCAUCCGGGUUGUGGAGCAAGGGCACGAGGACAUCGUUCUCCACGAUUCAUCGCCCAAAGCUGUGUGGAGCAAAGUCUUGGAGCCCAUCGCCAAGCUGCGUCGGGACGCUGACAUGCUGAAACUCUUCCCCAUGUUCCUGACAGGAGAGGAGCUGUACGGCCUGACUGAGCCUGCCAUCCAACGAGUCAUUGAAUCGCUGCCUGGCGUUGAGCUGAUACAGAGCUACAGCUUCAGGUUUGGCAGGUCACCCUACAUUGACCUCCCCUUAGCCAUCAACCCCACGGGAUGCGCCAGGACCGAGCCCAAGAUGAGAACUCGACUCAAGAGACCCCACACCCUGACCAGUAACACCACCUCCAGGGCCUUCCAGACCACCCUGAGCGGGGAGUUUGUCUCACCGUACAACAAGCAAUUCUUCCAUUCCAAGUCGUCUCAGUACCGACGUCUCAAGACGGAAUGGAAGACCAACGUCUACCUGGCGCGCUCUGGCAUCCAGGGCCUGGGCCUGUUUGCGACCCGUGACAUGGAGAAGCACACGAUGGUCAUCGAGUACAUCGGCAAGCUGAUCCGCAACGAGGUAGCCAACCGUCUGGAACGCGUCUACCAGAAUGGAAACCAUGGCAUCUACAUGUUCCGCAUCGACAACGACACGGUGGUGGAUGCCACCAUGAGCGGCAAUCCGGCCCGUUACAUCAACCACUCCUGCAAUCCCAACUGCGUAGCCGAGGUGGUCAACUUCGACAAGGAGCUGAAGAUUAUCAUCAUCUCCAACCGCCGGCUCAGCAAAGGGGAGGAGCUGACGUACGACUACAAGUUUGACAUUGAAGACGAGAACAGAAUCCCCUGUCUGUGUCAGGCCCCAAACUGCAAGAAAUGGAUGAACUGAGCCAAGUUGAAAAGUGGACAAAAUAUUGAAGAAGACGAAACACAACUCAUGGACAGAAGUAAAGGUACUUGUGUGCAAAUCUGUAUUAAAAGAAUUUGUAGAAAGUAAUAAAUUCCUUCAAAAUGUUUAUGGAAUGACAAAGUGUCGGUGAGGGGUUUUUCAUCCUGAAUUUAGCUUGCCAAAUAAUACUUAAUGCUAAGAUCAUGAAAAUCAAGUACUCAUUCAAGUUUCAUUCAUUCAAAAUAUGAAGAACAAAAAUCUAUCGUCAGUCCUGCUUAAAAUAUGUACGUAAAAAAGUAAAUAGUCAGGUCACCUUGGUCUUGCCUCAUAGAAAAAUUAAUAUGGGGGUCAGGGAACUAGAUUAGUUACCAAUUAAUGUAAAACCUAGUUGGAAGAAAACCUACUUCAUUGAUUCUGAUAUUGAUGUUUCCAGUUUUAAGAAGUUCUAAAUUUCCUCCUGAAUCGGUGUUCGACGUUAGAAAAUGGGGAGCUUCUAAAAUACUGGCAUAAUUUGAAUGAAAAAAUGAAACGUGAAGCAAGGAUGCUGGUAUGCAGAUUAAAAAAAAAAUAUUCAGCAUGCAAUAUUCUCAGUUUGGAGAAUUUUUGUUAGGUGAAAUACAAUCGUCUCUGUUCUAUGACCAUUCCCCAGUUCUUUUUUUAGUGUAAAUACUAUAUUUUUAGCUAAAAAAGAGAAAAACUUAAAAGAAAAAAUGAAUGAAAAUAGUUAAUUUUUUGAUGAUUACCGCAGCUCCACCCUCUUGAACGGGGAGCGUAUUUUUGUUAUAUUAGUGAUAAUCUCAGACAUCUUUUGUGACGUUUGUUACUACAAAAGCUGCCAAUUUUUUCAGAGAGGGAAAAAAUAAUAACCUGUUUUGGUCUUUGACUGGUUUUUAACCUGUAUAGCCUAACACUCCUGUGAAUUACUUUUGUCUGGGAUUUCUACACGUAGCAUCAUGUGCUGUGGUUUCUCCUGUAGUAUUGUAUCAUAAUUUUAAGAAAGAAAAUUAAAACCAGCGAAUUGUUGACGUCGUAAAAAUAGGGGGCAAAAGAGUAGCCUACAGAAAUAUUAAAGGUAUGUUUAUAAUGCUAAAACUCGAUGUGAAACGUGUACAAAUAGAGGAAUGAAAUCGCAGAUCCUGCUACGGAUAGGCGAAAAUUUGUUAAAAUUCUCUCCGUUUUUGUGGAAUGAAAUUCAGCUAUUUUGAAUUAUAGUAAUGCAUUUGCUUUUGGGGGCUGUACUGUAGUCGCAUUUUUGCCACUUGUAGUAAUAUUUUUGGGAAUGUGGGGAGAGAAGAGUGUACAGCGUGCAAAAAGAAAACCUUUUGGGGUUUGAGUUCAUUUUGUAAAUACCGAGUCAACAGAGUAAGAUGUAAUAAGUCUUUGGCAGUGUGUCAUUUAAAUUUCUCUACCUCCUUCUGGGUAGAUUGUACCGAAAACAUUUAUUGCCAAUUCCUACGGUGCUUUAAUUGUAGUACAUUUUUGAGCACCGAUCCCUGUGAGAACCUAGUGUAUAUAAAUUCACAACUAAAGUCUCCACGUAGUGAAAAUGCCCCUCUGUGACGAGAUGUACAAUUCUAAUAGCGGUAUUUUUUCCAAUGUUUUGUUUUUUGAAGUAUUUAUUGCAGCAUAGUGGAGUAAUUAGAAUCAUGAGCGAGUCUGAAGACAAUAUUAAAAAGAAUCAAGCAGAUUUUGUUGAAUUAACUGUUGUAAAAAAUUGCAGCCCUGAGAAUAAAGAAAUCAAUUCACAAAUGAUUUCAGGGCGGUGGAAGACCUAGUCACUUGUUGCGGUUUGCUCUCCAGAAGGGUUAAUUUUAAUUUUAGCGUAGAAAAACAUUAUUUCUGCUUCUUAAAAUGAGCUCCCAAAACUGAAAUUAGAAGCAAAAGCAAACGGACAGUCAGCCCAGACUGGAUAAGCUUUGCAAUUUGAAAACUGCAUGGAUUUUAGUUCCUUAAUUAAGUAGGAAAAAAAGAGCGAGCAAGGAAUCUAUUAAUGACAAUCGUAAUAAAACAAAACCUUGUUAUUUUUCUCGAGUAACAGGUAGCCUAACUGCAACUUUAAUAUGUAAGAAUAAAGACUUAAAAAUGUUACAAAAAACAAAACAAAAACAAAUUAUAUAUUUUACUGUUAUAUUAAUAUAAAUGAAGUAUGUGGCAGUUCUUGUAUAAAAUACUUUGAUGUGAUUUUGAGAAGUUUAAUUUUAGAGUUGGAUAUCUUUAGUUUUCUGUGUUGUUGCUUUUAUUUGGAGCCCCUACAAUUACUUUUUGUAUAAUUAUCUUGUACAUAAGCCACGUGUUGGGAUAACUAAUUAAUGACUCACCUAAUAAUACUAGUUUUUGUUUUGUUUCUUUCUUUUUUGUUCUUGACCUUAUAAAGAUUGUGUAGUUUAUAUCUUCUAGCUUGUGUGGUUUUUCCUAUUUUAUACAUAGUGUACAAAGUAAUGGCCCCUGUAUGAACUGGGGUUGACGAAGUAUUGUACUGGUUGUUUUUUACCCCUUCUCCCAUUGUUUUCUUUUAGGUUUGUGUACGUGUGUGCGUGUUCAUAAGUGGGUGUAGUGUGUUCCUAUAUUAUGUCUGUCAUUUUCCCCCUCAGCUGAAUGUGGAAUGCCAAUAAAAAUUCAUUAACAGACACCACAGUAUACCA